AAAGCAACAAAAAGGACAAAGGAGAAGGUUGAAAUUGUGAAAAGAAACCUAACUAGGUUCUUUUGUUUGCAGACUUCUCCCUGUUUGCUGCUGCAACAAUGAGUGGGAAAUCCCUUCUCUUAAAGGUCAUCCUCUUGGGUGAUGGCGGAGUUGGGAAAAGCUCACUUAUGAACCGUUAUGUAACCAACAAAUUCGACUCCCAGGCUUUUCACACGAUAGGGGUAGAGUUCUUAAAUCGAGAUCUGGAGGUAGAUGGACGCUUUGUGACCCUUCAGAUCUGGGACACUGCGGGCCAGGAACGUUUCAAGAGCCUUAGAACACCAUUCUACAGGGGAGCCGACUGCUGCCUGCUGACCUUCAGUGUGGAUGACCGGCAGAGCUUUGAGAACCUUGGUAACUGGCAAAAAGAAUUCAUCUACUAUGCAGAUGUAAAGGACCCAGAUCAUUUCCCCUUUGUGGUUUUGGGUAACAAGGUAGACAAAGAGGAUAGGCAAGUGACGACUGAGGAGGCACAAGCCUGGUGCCUGGAGAAUGGAAACUACCCUUAUCUAGAAACAAGUGCCAAAGAUGAUACUAAUGUGACAGUGGCCUUUGAAGAAGCUGUUAGGCAGGUGUUGGCUGUAGAGGAACAGUUGGAACAUUGUAUGUUAGGUCACACCAUUGAUUUGAACAGUGGCUCCAAAGCAAGUUCUUCUUGUUGUUAGAUGUAGGGACUACAUCUUGACAAGUGUGCACUAAGUUGGUCAGUUUGUAAUGUAAAAACGACUGUGCUCUCUGAUAGUAUGCACACACAAACACACACAUACACACAUACACACACAUGCACACACAUGCACACACAUGCACACACAUGCACACACAUGUAUAUGGAAGCACGUGCAC